GGCCAGAGACAAGCAAAAAGCUGCCGCUGCAUCAUCUGCGCCUGCUGGAUCAGCAUCUGCGUCUGCAUCUGCUGCUGCUGCCGCCGCUAUUCCAUCUACCAGCAGCAGCAGCAGCUCUGCAUCAGCAUCAGCUCCACCAGGCGGGCAGCUACAACAGCUCAUAGAUUCACUGCUUUUGUCUCUGGCCGGCGUUCUCUGUCUGUGGUGGAAAUGCAGGCUAAAGUCAAGAAGCUUGUGGGCAAGCCUCCAUUUCCAGCCUCCUCCAGACCAGCUACUUCCUCUGCAGCAUCCGAGGAGCCCACGGAUGAAGAGCUGGUCAGCGCUGUGGUUGACAUAGAGUCCUCACACGUACAGGCUCCUCCUUCUGCUCCUGGCGCUCCACCUCCUCCUCCGGAUGUUGUGGCUGAGGAGCAGCCAGCUCCAGCCGGUGUCCCUCCUCCUCCGUCUGCUGGUGAUGUGACAGUAGAUGCAGCUUUUUGUUUCUCUGUGUCACUAACGGCAGUCACUCAUGAAAGUUCCUUCCCGUUCUCUCCGAGUCCUGGCUGGCAGCUCUCAGUGCAGAGCAGCAGCAGUGGAUUGGGCGGGUGCUGUUCUCCAGGGACAGCUCGGGGAAGUCUAGGCUCACCACUGAGCUGAAUGUGUGGUGGAACCCUCCCCAACCCCGCCCAAUCUACAACCAACCUCCCGCAUCUCCUAAUCUCUUCUUCACAUGUCGGCUGUUCCUGUGGAUCCCUCACAGGAUCUGGUGUCUGCAACUGACAUGCCCCCAGCCUUUGUGUGACGGGUCUCUUACAAAGGCUGGGUUAUACAGGACCAUCCAGAGGGUCCUGGAGAUUGACGGCUGGUACCUCAUGGCCACUGAGUACCUGGAGUGCCGUCGGUGGAAGAAGGUCGGGGGGUGGUCACAGGGCAUCAUAAGGCAGCUGGCACCCACCUACAGCUGCCAGUUUCCAGCUGUACUCACGUACAACGUGAGGGGGCAGUUUCCUCCACCUCCACCUAUGCCCCCUCUGCCGUCACCUGUCUGGCUGCUGAGUGUGUACGGCUACGACGUCCUGACGCGGCUGGACGAGUACAAGGUGACGAAGAAGCUUGCAGGAGCCGCCUCUGACUCGGCCGCCUGGGCCACCAACGUCGGCCAUGAGCGUGGUCAGGUCCUCAUGAGCGUCCUUACCUGCUCUGAGGGUGCUGAGGGCCCGUCCAGGAUGGCGGCCGGGCUCAUGAGGCGGUAUCGACUCGCCAAGGUUCCUCCCCCCCAGCUAAUCUACGUGGACCAGGACUGCUGCAGUCGAGACGGCGUGUCAAAGACAGCUGCCUUGUUUUCGGAGUGGGAGAGACUGGAGGCUCGACUGGACAUCUGGCACCCAGUUUAUCGCUGCGCGAGAGACUCCACGUCUCUGGAGUCCUUCCACCUCCACCUCCAGCGGUUCAUCCCAGGGACGUCUGCGAGACCCAGAUAUUUCCAGGCGUUCCUGAUCGAUGGGCUGGUGAGGUGGAACGAGGACCGCGCAGCAGCUGCUGCACCUCCACCUGCAGCUGAGGAUCAUCUGCCGCCUCUGCACUCCUACAGUGACCACCUCAAGCACGCCCUUAACCAGAAGAGCCAGAGGGUGCUUGGUCAUCAUCUGGUUAAGGAUUUCACCAAGCCUGCUGCGUACACAGGGGAACUCAUUGGGGUAGAGUACCUGUUCCAGCAGACAGGUAGCGUGCUUGAGGGAAUAGGGGUCUUCAUGAUGACUGGCAGCUCCACACAUCUCUCAAAACAUAUACUCUAAAGCAGAGGUCUCAAACUCGCGGCACGCGGGCCAUCUUUGGCCCCCGGGAUGAUAAUUUGCGGCCCGCGUCUUAAUAUAAAAGAUUAAUGUUCGUGCGGCCCGCAAGGCUGAUAUGAAUGACAGUUGCUGUGUGCAGAGCUGAACAAACCAAUCACAGUGAG